AUGACUUCGGUUAAACCUUAUGGCUCCUGGCCAUCUCCAAUUACACCUGAAUCAUUAUCUGCAGGAGCUGCUGCCACUGAUGUUUGCGUUGAUAAUGGCUUUGUGUACUGGUGUGAAUCUGUCGCUCAUGAACAUGGAAGAGGACAGAUCUUUAGACAGCUCAUUCAACAAGCUGAUUCUGUCGCCCCUGAACCUUUAUUACCUAUCGAUUACGACUGUCGUACACGAGUGCAUGAGUAUGGCCUAGGCGCUUUCAAAGUCUCUAACGGUCUUCUUAUCUUUUCGAAUAUGUCAGAUAGCCGCUUAUACAGUAUGCAGCAACAACAAGACAAAUUUGACAUUCGACCACUGACAGCUCCUAACCCACUCUAUCGCUAUGCUGACUUUGCCAUCGAUAAGCAAAAUCGCUUUUUAGUAUGUGUUCGUGAGCAGCAUUUUGACAAUGAAGAACCCAAAGACGUUGUCAAUGUGCUUGUAUCAAUCGACUUGAAGAGUGGGCUGGAAACAAUCAUAGCUCAAGGAGAGGAUUUCUAUGCCUUCCCUCGACUGUCUGGUCAAAAUGAUUUGGCUUAUAUUUGCUGGAGUCAUCCCAAUAUGCCUUGGGAUUUCACACGUUUAUACUUCGCCAAAACUGAGUAUAACAAUGGAUCUCUGAUCCUGAAAGACACCGUUUGCGUUGCUGGUGAUAAAAUAGAAGAAAGUGUCUCUCAACCAGAAUUUGGUAUUGAUGAUACGCUUUAUUUUGCUUCAGAUCGUUCUGGUUUCUGGAAUCUGUAUUCUUGGAAGCCUACUGUUGAUAAUGAGGUACAUUUAUUGUUGGAUAAACCUCUCGAGCAAGAAUUCGUAGGACCUGCUUGGAGAUUCAACUCUUCAGCUUAUACGCCUCUCAAAUCCAACCCACACCAACUUAUUGUCAUCAACAAGACAUCACUUGCCGUUUUAGAUACUCAAGAAAAAAGCAUGCGUGAUCUAAAGUGUUCCUAUGACCAUUUCUCUGAUCUUCGUAUAUAUUUGGAUGCGGAAAACGAUAAUGAAUAUAUCAUUAGUAAUAUGUCUUCGAUCACUGAGCCUCGUGAAUUAAUCUCAUACGACAUCAGAAAGGAAUGCAUUCUGUUUACACAUCAAAAGUCACCAGCCGCUCGCUUAGAUCUUGAAUAUAUUUCAGUAGGUCGAGAGAUCAAAUUUCCCACUACAGACGGACAAUAUGCCUACUGUUAUUACUAUGCACCGAAGAAUCCUGAGUUUGAAAAAGACGCAGAAGGACUUCCCCCCUUGAGGGUGCUCUCUCACGGUGGUCCUACAGCAGCAACUGCGAACAGCUACAACCGGGCUAUUCAAUAUUGGACAACGAGAGGUUUCGCUAUUGCAGAUGUCAAUUAUGGUGGCAGUACUAGUUAUGGCCGCAAUUAUCGCAAUAGAUUACAAUCGAAAUGGGGCAUCGUGGACGUGGAUGACUGCUGCAACGCUGCACUCUAUCUUGCUGAUAAGGGUUUAGUAGACCGUAACAAAUUAGCCAUCGAGGGUGGUAGUGCUGGUGGCUAUACUACACUAGCUUCGCUAGCCUUCCGUGAUGUCUUUAAAGCUGGUUGCUGUCAAUAUGGUAUCUCAGACCUCACAUUGCUCGUGAAAGAGACACAUAAAUUUGAAUCCAGAUACCCUGACCGGCUCAUUGGUGAAUAUCCAAAGGACAAACAGAUUUAUUAUGAACGAUCUCCUUUACAUUCAGCGGAGAACAUUCGUUGUCCAGUUAUAUUCUUUCAAGGUGCAGAUGAUAAGGUGGUUCCUCCCUCACAGGCGGAGGUUAUGGUGAAAGCAUUGAAGGAAAAGGGUGUACCUGUCGCUUAUGUUCUCUACGAAGGCGAAGGCCAUGGUUUCCGUCGUGCUGAAAAUAUUAAACGCACAAUGGAAUUGGAACAAUGGUUCUACGGCCAGAUAUUUGGCUUCCCAGUUGGAAAUAUAGAAGGCGUAGAAAUCUACAACUUCCAUAAAUAA